AUUUCAAUACCUUACUUACAGUAAUUAUAAGAAGAACACCACAUUGCAUUACUAACCUUUACAACCAACAAAAUUGAUUAGGAUCAUGUUCAAAGAAAAUACAGUAUUUGAGAAUAAGAAAAAAACCCUUGUAAAAAGGGUUCAAUUAUCAAGUAGAACAAUAAGAAUGACAACAACAAAAACCAACUAUGGUUAGAAAACAAAACAAAAACAAAAACAAAAACCAACUAAGCUACAUAGAAUCUAGUCUAGACAAACUUUUUUACUGUUAAAAAAAAUAAUCAAAACAACUAUUUUACUGUCGAUUUUAAAAUAUGUUGAGCUUUAGGCAAACCCGCAUAGAUUUAUUUUUUGUUUUCUUUCCAAAAGAUAUUUUACUAAUUAUAAUUAGGGAAAAUUGCUAAAAGAGAACAAAAAAACAAGGUUGUUGUCCCCUUGGUAUAAAACCAACAUGAAGUUGUCUCAAUAGUAUAAUUUUUCUCAUAAUCCCAAAACUAUCCCUAUAUUUAAUCUAAUUAAACACAAUUUAAAAGUUAAUUUGAAUUUAAAAUAGAAGUUAAUGGAAAAAAUGAAAAAAAAAAUUGAAAGGCAAUCGAAAAAAAAAAACGGUAUAGAUAUGCAUCAUAGAGAACAAGAGUUUGUGAGAAGAAUCAAAAGAAAAACUAUGGGAAAACCAUAGAUUGAUGAAGAAGAGAAGGGAUAAUCAUUUUUUUCUUUAAUUUUUUCAAGUAAAAUCGACCAUAACACGUUUUAGGAAGUUAGAAUAUUUUUAGGAGAUUUUUAUAAUAUUUCCUUAACUGAAAUUUCAUUAAUUUUCGCAAAAAAUCAGGUAUUCUUAUCCGUAGAAGGCGACUUCUAAAAGUUUAGAAGAAUGAUAAAAAUUUUGAAUACAUUUUCUACUUUGAGUAGACGUAAGAGUACAUUGUAGAAAACACAUUCCCUAAAAUUUAGAAUACUUUAUAAACGUAGAAGAUGCAUUCGGAAGGAAAGUGGAUACAUUUACGAUUAGUAGAAUGCACAUUCCUCUUUUUUAGAAAUUUAGUAAAUAGUAAAAUGGACGUUCUAAAAGAAGUAGAUGAACGUGUUUAUUUUAGAAAUUGUUUUCUACUAUACUAUUUUAUGUUGAAGACGCAUUCUACUUUUAGUAGAACGUAUCUUAAAAAUCUUAUUUACCAAGUUUUUGAACAAAACAAAAUUACCAGCUUGUGUAUAUGGAUGUUUUAUUAAUUGUUUAUAUUUUUAAUAAUUUUUUUGAUUCUCAAAAUUAUUUAUUUCAUUAGUUUUCAGAAAUACAAAGGGUAAAAAGGAGAAAAAAAUGGACAAAACUAGUUUUAUACCAAAGGGACAACAACCUGGUUUUUUUAUUCUCUUUUGGCAAUUUUCCCUUAUAAUUACACAUCUUUUUAUAUAUUAGACAUUCUUUCGUUUAACUUCCAAUGUGAGAUUUUGGUUGAUAUCUAGCCGUAACUUUUGGAGUUAAAAUCAUGAGAGUAGAGACACAGAAGGAUAAUACACAAACAAAAACAAAAACAAAAACAAACUCUAAAGUUAAAUAAGGUUAAUUGUAAAAUGGCCCCACCCCAAAUUAAUUAACCUCUCACGUUAUAAGAACACAUAUAAUUAAACUCGACGCUCCUAAUUGGGCCCAAGGCCCGCCAAAAUUAAUCCCGAGUUAUCGAAUUAAUUUUAAAUUCCCGUUAAUUCGUUAAACUAAUUAAAACCGUUCAGACAAGAAGAGAAGAACCGUUGUACUUUUCAAGCAUUACUCAACGGCUACUCCUCUUCUCCCACCUUUCUUCCUCCUCUGAGUCAAUCCCUUUGAUCCAAUUUCUCAUCGAUCCAACUGAAAUGGAGACGAGAACCGGCCAAUCAACACCGGCGAUAACUGCGCCGGUCCCGGUUCCGGUUCCUCCGCCUUCUACGCGGCGUCCUAGAGUGAGAGAAGUGAGCUCCAGAUUCAUGUCUCCGGUUGCUUCAUCUUCCGGACAUCAUCAGCGAUCCGUUUCAACUCAGAAGCCGAGAAGGCAGUUAAAAUUACCGGAAGGCGACGAGAACCGCCCUCCGGAGACGGCCGCGCGUGGCCUAGACUCGCCGUUUCCUCUCGACGGAGGAAAAAACAACCAGCGGCGGAACCGAUCCAAGCCGUUGAGAGAGGAGAACGGACACAUUCUAACGUUGCUGCCGCCUCCGUCUAGGUCUCGAUCGAACCAGCAGCGUUUGCUUACGUCAUCAGCCGCCGCUAGGCUUCUCAGAUUAUCCGUCUCCACGGACGGUGAAGAAGAAGAGAAACUCAACGAUGAUGAUACGUCGUCGUUUCGGGCUUCGUUGUUGGUUAAAAACGGCGUUGGCUUGUCAUUGCCUCCCGUGGCACCCAACUUGAAGUCUCAAGGAGAUAUAAAGAGACAGAAGAGAGUUUUAGGACAACAAGCGGAUGCACACUCUUUGAAACUGCUACACAACCGCUACUUGCAAUGGAGAUUCGCAAACGCAAAUGCUGACGUCAUAAAACAAGCUCAUAAAGCAGAGGCUGAGAGAAUGUUUUAUUCACUUGGUUUGAAAAUGUCAGAGCUCUCUCAUUGUGUACAUAAGAAACGCAUAGAGCUCCAAGGAUUAGUGAGAGUAAAAGCUCUUAAGGAGAUUGUGGAGCCUCAAAUGCCUUUAUUGGAACAAUGGACAACAUUUGAAGAAGAAUACUCAGCUUCACUAUCGGAAACAUCCGAAGCUUUAUUGAAUGCUUCAUUGCGGCUCCCUCUAGAUGUCGAUAUCAAGGUUGAGACGAUGGAAGGCAUCGUGCAAAGUAUAGAACAGUUUCUCCCUAAGACACAAGAGAUUGAGAGUUUGUUGUCGGAACUAGCGAGAGUAAGCAGCAGAGAAAAAGUAUCAGUGGAAGACUGUGGAGUUGCACUGCUUAAGACACAUUCGUCACAUGUUGAAGAUUGCUAUCUUAGAAGUCAGCUUAUACAGCAGCACCACAAGCAAUGUGUAUAAUAAAUGAAUUUGAAGCUCCCCUUGCAUAAUAAAUGUAUCACACAAAAUAGUAUAAUAAAAGGUUUUGGUAAAGUCACUGUAUUGAAGAAAGCUGAUGAAACUGACGCUGUAGCUAAUUAGAACAACGCUGAUGAUAGCAAAUGUUGUUCCAACACAACAAGGUUUUUGUAUUUUGAAAUGUAAAAUUAUAUGUCAGAGAAAACAGAUGUGUUAUAUGUUUCUGAUUCCAGGAUACGUUUGAGAGCAUCA